UUUAGUUGGGCCUGCCCUGGGCAGCCAUCUUGGAGGGUCGCGGUGGCCGGAGCUGGGCAGCCGCGUCUGAAGGAGACUGAGGUGCCGCCGGGUUGAGAAGCUGACUCCGGCGCCCGGCUGCCCUCCUCCCCCUUCCCCCGCCCCGAGCAAGAGGAUCGGAGCCUAGCGAAGAGCGAUGAGCAACUCCAGCAACAAGCGCGCCCCCACCACGGCCACCCAGCGACUCAAACAGGACUACCUGCGCAUCAAAAAAGAUCCAGUGCCUUAUAUUUGUGCUGAGCCUUUGCCAUCCAAUAUCCUUGAGUGGCAUUAUGUUGUACGAGGACCUGAAAUGACACCCUAUGAAGGUGGCUACUACCAUGGGAAGUUAAUUUUCCCCAGAGAAUUUCCUUUUAAACCUCCUAGUAUUUAUAUGAUUACACCAAAUGGAAGAUUUAAAUGCAAUACAAGGUUGUGUCUUUCCAUUACUGAUUUCCACCCCGACACGUGGAACCCAGCUUGGUCAGUCUCCACAAUCUUGACGGGCCUUCUUAGUUUUAUGGUUGAAAAAGGGCCCACUCUGGGCAGUAUAGAAACAACAGAAUUUACGAAGAGGCAACUGGCUUCGCAGAGUUUAGAAUUUAACGUAAAAGACAAAGUCUUUUGUGAAUUGUUUCCCGACAUGGUGGAGGAAAUCAAGCAGAAACAGAAGGCCCGAGAGGACCUCCACAGCCGGCCAACGGCUCUCCCACUUCCAGAUGUCAUCCCCGAUGGGGAAGCUCAUCACGGGCAGAACGGCCUGCCGGUUCUUAACGGGCACCCGCCUUUGGCGGCGGCCAACAACCCCCUUGGCCUCCAGCAAGCUAACCGCCACCACGGACUCCUGGGUGGAGCUUUGGCGAACUUGUUCGUUAUAGUGGGCUUCGCGGCCUUCGCCUACACAGUGAAGUACGUCUUGAGGAGCAUCGCGCAGGAAUGAGACGCUCUGGAGUUCUUUCUUCCUUCCUCCCAAGUCUGGAUUCUGAGACCAAAGUAACAGGAGUGGCAGGAAGGAAACAAAAGGAAACAAAAACAUUUGGGACUCUGUGGGUCUCGUACUCCCGACUGUGGGCUUAACUGCUGUGAUGUGUACAGGGUUUCUCCCCCCCCCUUUUUUUUUUUUUUAAACUUACUGGUUUGGCCCAUGGAAUUGGUUUCGUCGGAGGGGAGGGGAAACCCUGUUUGGGAUUGAAAAGGAUGGGAUGGGAUGGAGCAAGGAAGAGGACAAAUACGCUGUCUCCCAAGAAAAGAAGAAAAAAGAAAAAAAAAACGCUUUCUGAAAACAGGCAAACAAAUUGUAGGAUCUAAAUUGACCGGCCUACAAAAAAUCCCCAUGUUUCUUUUCCUUUUUUUUCUUUUUUCUUUUCCGGUGCAGUGUCUGAAUCCGUUCUAACAAUCUCGGAGCUUUUGAGAACGUGGGCGGAAGCAUCCACUUUAAAGGCAACGUGGGGUUUGGGGCGAGAAGAAGAAGAUAGGGUGGGAGAACAUGGGCAACCCUUGCCUGUUUUAAUACGGGUUGGUAGCUGAGGAAGGGGAGCUCUCGUUUCCUUAAGAUUUCCCCCCACUUAGAUCUCCUCGCUUGACGUGUUGUUGGUGUCUGCUGCCGAACAGGUUCCCAGUGCGAGCAGGUGUUUGUGUGAACACUAGAUCCUCAAGGAAGCAUUUUCUCAUAAGAAGCUGGCAAUGCGGGAGAGUGAACUUCAAGAGUUCUUUUUAAAGUCGAGCCCAAACUCAUCCCCAAAUUCUGGCCCCAUAAAAACUUGCCCAAUUGCUCCUUAAAGAGAGAGAGAGAGAGACGUGAGAAUUGAACGGCCAGGUCUAACCAGCUCUCUCCUGGACCUUUUUGACGAGCAUUUAAAAAAAAAAAAAAGUUUAAAAGUUUGGUGUUCUGUGUUCUUUUUUUUUUUUUCUUCCCCCAAAAGGACCCCGUUUGAUGACUUGGGGUUUGCAAUCAUGUUAUGUUUUGUCAAUUCAUCUCCAGGUUUUGCUGCUAUCAAGAGAAGGGAAAUGAAAGAGCUAAGCCCAGAUGGGUGAUGGGGGAAGGAAUUUUUCCAUAAAUUCCUUCUAGGUUUGACGACAACACCCCCCCACACACACACACACCCAGGGCUUUGGCCUGUUGUCUGCAUUAGUUGUAGGCUUUCUUUUGCUCCAGUUGAAGGUAUCUUUCUGAAGCAGGAGUCACUCAAAAUUUUACAUGCUUUACGGGAGAAGUUAAACAGAUAAUGUUGGGUGGGGGGAGAGAAAGACCCCGAUUUAUUCUCAAAUAAGCUGGACCUUUUAACAUUCCUCAUUCUGGGACAGGCAAAGAAACCCCAGAGUUAUGCUUCUGGAAUUAGUAGAAUGGUCCUGUCCAUCCAGCUUAUCUGGCCGGCUUGGGGUUACUGAUGCAUAUAUCUCCCCAUAGCCAAAAAAGACAAGAAAAAAAGAGAGACCGCUAAGCCCGACCCAUUUAGCCUGGUUUUAUCAGCCCUCCUUCCACCGAUAUUGCCAAGGUUGACAGAGCCCUGUACUGCUAAAAACGUCUUUUAAAGCUUUCCUUUGGUUCGAAGGUAUUUUAAAGAUGUGAUUUCUGCUUUCCGUUAAGGUCUGAGUUAUUGGUUUUAUUCCAAUUUUUGUAUAGCUUCCUUUUUCUCCUCCCCCUGGAACCCAUACACAAAACGAAUUGGAAAAGUUUGACUUUACGGAACGAUAAUGGAGUAUCGACUGGGGAAAGGCAUCUAGAAAGGAUGAAUUAAAUCCCUAAGCUGUUUAACUUAGACGAAGGAUGAAUUAAUCUGCUUUCAACCAAUUUCUCUGGCAGUAGGUGUGGUUUAGUUGUAAUUCUCCCAGUAGCUCUAUCAGUGAAACAGACGUUUGUUAAAAUAAAUCUUAUUGUCAGCGUAUGAAUAGGGGAGGGGGGGUGGAGAGAGAUGACCACGAUUGAAAAUAAUUUUAAGAAAGCCGUCUCAAAUAUGCCAGACGCUGUUGUGGGUUACAUCUCCCGUCAUCCCUGGGCAACAGGGUUCAAGGACAAAUUGGAGAAGGGUACUCGGUUGGGGAGACUAAUUUAAAAUAUGUAUUUCCAUUUUUAGAAAUACUUCAGGGAUUGUGUGACGUUCUCCCCGUCUCCCUCUUUUGUUGAAAUUUUGUUGUUGGUUUUUUUUCUUCUUCUUCUUCUUCUUCGCCUUCUGUCCCAUGCUUUGCACCCGCAGUUGUCACGAGAUCUUAAAUGUACAUAUUCGUGCAAAGGCAUUUCUUUCUACUUGAAAAAAAAAAAAAAAAAGGAAGCCGCAGCGACGGCAGCCUAGGUCACAUUCUUUAGUACCUUAAAGGGGUGGCAAAGAGGCCUGUUCAGGUGACACGUGACUUGGUUCACAAAUGGAGCUAAGCUUGGGUUUGUUUAACCGUAGUUCGUUGAAUAAAUCGCUGUCUUGAGUUCA